AUGCAUUAUAACUCUAUCCCCAUGCGCCUCCGCUUCAAGUUCCUAUCAGAAUGGGACACAAGCCCUUCCGACAUUCGUAUUCUAUUCACAGACCAUUCCAAAGCCUAUAUCGGACGUCAAGCCGAGGCCUACCCAGGCCAGCCCACCAUGUGGCUCAAUAUGCACCCUAGAUUGCCGACACAGGACGCCGCUCGGGACAAGGUGCAAGCCGACGUACUCCACGAGUUCGGGCACGCAUUGGGCCUGGUACACGAGCACAAGCACCCGCAGUGCAAGGCCAAGUGGAACUACGGCCAACUUAUGAACAGGAGUCGAUGGGAUUUGGAUAUGGUGCGCCGCAACUACGACGAUGAUACGCAUAGCGCCAUCAAUACCAGGUGGGACCGGGCGUACGAUCCAAAGUCGAUUAUGCAUUACGCUAUCGCGAGGGGAGACACGCAGAGCGGGCUGAGGGAUGUCCCUCAGAAUACUGUGCUCUCUGACGGCGACAAGGAGACAGCCCACGAAGGAGAAGAGGGAGAAGGAGAAGAGGGAGAAGGAGAAGAGGGAGAAGGAGAAGAGGGAGAAGGAGAAGAGGGAGAAGGAGAAGNGAAGGAGAAGAGGGAGAAGGAGAAGAGGGAGAAGGAGAAGAGGGAGAAGGAGAAGAGGGAGAAGGAGAAGAGGGAGAAGGAGAAGUGGGAGAAGGAACUUAAAAAGUUCACAAAGAACUAUAAGAGGGGGAAGGAGAUACGUCCUGAGAAGUGGAAGCCCUCUCAGAAAUCGUAUGUCUACGGGAACAACUCUGCCGUGGUUUGCGGAGGCUACGUAGAUGUAAAUAUUAGCGCAAGUGUGACAAUCCAUGGCGGCGGCCAUGUCAUCGUGUGCGGCAAUAGCCAUACGGUCGUCUAUGGUGAUAGCACGGUCUGGGCCAGCGGAAAUGCCUAUGUUUAUGUCAACGGCGGUGGCUCUGCAAGGGUGAGUGGGAACGCCGCGGUCGAAUUCACAGGCACAGCCACAGGAGAUGUCACUGGGAACGGUUCUAUUCGUUGGAACGUCUGA